AUGGCUCAAGAAUUAUCUCACCCUUCCAUCAAGGACGGCUGGUUUGCUGAAAUCUCCGAAACUAUGUGGCCUGGACAAGCCAUGAGUUUACAAGUUGAAAAAGUCUUGCACGUUGAACAAUCCAAGUAUCAAGAUGUCUUGGUGUUCAAGUCCUCCACUUACGGUAACGUCUUGGUCUUGGACGGUUGCAUCCAAGUAACUGAACGUGAUGAGUUCUCCUACCAAGAAAUGAUCACUCAUUUGGCCUUGAACUCCCACCCAAACCCCAAGAAGGCUCUUGUCAUUGGUGGUGGUGAUGGUGGUGUUUUGAGAGAAAUCUUAAAGCACGAAUCCAUCGAAGAAGCUUGGUUAUGUGACAUUGACGAAACUGUUAUCGAAGUUUCCAAAAAGUACUUGCCAGAAAUGUCCAAGUCUUAUAAUGAUCCAAGAACCAAGGUUCACAUUGGUGACGGGUUCAAGUUCCUUGCUGAGUACAAGAACCAAUUCGAUGUCAUUAUCACCGACUCUUCUGAUCCUGAAGGUCCUGCCGAAUCUCUUUUCCAAAAGCCAUACUUUGAAUUGUUAAGAGAUGCCUUGACUGAAAAGGGUGUUAUCACUACUCAAGCCGAAAACAUGUGGAUUCACAUGGACAUUAUUUCCAAGUUGAAGAAGGACUGUCAAGAUGUUUUCCCUGUUGCUGAAUACGCCUAUACUAUGAUCCCAACUUACCCAUCCGGUUCAAUUGGGUUCAUGGUUUGUUCCAAGGACAAGAACGCUGAUGUUACCAAGCCAAUCAGAUUCGACUGGUCCGACGAAUUUGUUUCAAAGAAUUUGAAAUAUUAUAACAAGAGAAUUCAUGAAGCCUCAUUUAUCUUGCCUACCUGGGCUGAUGAAAAAUUAAACAAGAACUGA